AUGACAGUGCUCCUCGACAGUGGCUCGCAGCAUAGUUUCAUCAAAGAAGGUACAGCACAAAAUCUGGGCUUCGAUCUAGAAACGCCUCAGGACAUUACUACAAUUACAUUCGGAGGCCAUUCCCACACGGAAAAAUCGUAUCGCGUCAAGGUCGUUCUUCGUAACAAAAUAAACGGUAGACCGAUAACACUCUGCCUGUGGACACGCAAAUCCGUUACUACAGUUUCACUUGACACGAGUGAAGACGGAGAAUGCAGCAAUACUGGUAAUGGAAAAUCGACGGAAGUUGACGUCCUGAUUGGUAUGGACUAUUAUUGGGAAAUCGUUGAAUUUAAUUCAAACUGCCAACUCCCUUCGGGUCUUGUACAAUCAAAUACAAGACUCGUUCCAGUCCUGUUAGGAUAUCAAUCAUCGCCAUUAUCGAGAGUGCAUUCAACGUCGGAUAGAGACUCAGCUGAAGAACACCAAAGCUCUUCAGUAGAGACAGACCAAAUAGUCCAACAGCUUUUCGGAUUGGAGUCGGUCGGAACGAAGGAAGACAUUGACGAUUCAGAUGCGAGCAUAAUACAACACUUCUAUGACACAGUCAAGGUGGAGAAUGGUCUCAUAUAUCCAGUUCCCUUGGAAAUCUAA